GGUGUGGCGAUUCUUUCCCAUUCUCUCUCUCUCUCUCUCUCUCUCUCUCUCUCUCGUGAUAAACUCAAUGGGGUUGUCUAUUUUUAACCUCCUGUUCUUUCCUUUUGGCAGAGUAAUCAGUGCAAGCUGAGCUCUUUCCCUGAAUGAAUCCAAGUAACCCCAGUGAUUGCCUUCUGAAAUGACCAGCAGACACACUUCUGUCCAGAGUCUGUCCAGAGUAUAAAUUCUGGUUCUGAAGUACCAUGUCCAGCCGAGGAAGUCCCGGUGUGGAGUUUUCUACGACGACAGUCAGUUCAGUAGCUGUUCAGGCCGGAGACUCCAAAAUUGUUAUAGCUGUCGUAAAGUGUGGCAAGUGGGUACAACUUCAGUUGGCUGAAUCACAGCCCAAUCUUCUAGAAAUUGGUAGCAGUCAAGAUGAGACCAAAAAACUUCUUCAUGAUCAUGAACUUCUUUUGGCCAAGCUCAAGGCUUUGGAAGAUCAGGUGUGGGAACUCUUGCAGGAAGCAGACAAGACAGCUGAAGAGAACAAGGAUCAGAGUCAAGUCUAUGAUGCCAUGGCCAACACCUUGGGUGAAGCAUGGACAGCGCUUGUCUCUAUGCUUGAAAAAAGAAGGGAGCUCCUCAGGUUGACCUCUGAAUUUUUUGAAAAUGCCUUGGAGUUUGCUAUUAAAAUAGACCAAGCUGAAGAUUUCCUCCGGAACACCCAGGAGUUUGAGAGUGCCGAGUCCUUAAAAUCCCUUCUGCAGCUUCAUGAAAAUCAUACCAAAGAACUCUUAGAACGAUCUCUAGCCCUUUUAAACAAAAGUCAACAACUCACUGACUUCAUAGAAAAAUUCAAGUGUGAUGGACCUAAUGUGAAUUCUGAGUUGAUUCAGGGAGCUCAUAACAGCUGUCUGAAGAUUGACAGCCUUCUUGAGCUUCUACAAGAUAGGAGACGGCAACUAGACAAGGGUCUGAAGCAACAGCAGCAAGAACUGGGUCAGGUUCUGAAGAUAUGUCAGUGGGACCAGCAAGAAAAUCAGGUUACUUGUUGGUUUCAGAAAACCAUAAAAGAUUUACAGGAACAAAGUCUGGGCUCAUCACUUUCAGAUAAUGAGGAACUAAUCUGUAAGCAUGAGGAAUUGAUAAUAAAAGCAAAGGAAUGGAAUUCUGCUGUUGAGAAGCUAAAGAGUGAUGCACUUGGGAUUCUGCUGUCCAAGGACUAUGUGGAGAAGGAACAUCUACAGCUCUCUAACCAGAAACUGGAUCAGCUUCAAGGAGAAUUUGGUCAGCUCAUGGUGGAAAGGAAAACCUGGUUAAAAAAGGCAAAUGUUUUUUUUAACAGUGCCAAUAAGGCAUUUGAUGUACUUGGAAGAGUUGAAGCUUACCUUAAGCUCCUUAAAUCAGAGGGUUUAAGUCUGCCUGUCUUGGCAGCAAGGCAUGAGGAAUUACACAGAGAAAUUACAGACUGCACAGCUGAUGCUUUGCAAGAGGGACAAGCCUUAAUCAGCCAAGUAGACUCCUGUAGCUCUCAGAUAACCGGAGUCCAUGAGAUGAUGGGAUGCAUUCAGAGACGAGUGGACCAUCUGACCAAACAGUGUUCAGCGCACAAGGAAUUUGCUCUUAAGAAACAGCAAUUAACUGCCUCAGUGGAGGGCCACCUGAAGAAGGUGGAAACGUCAAUUCAGAAAAUCAGUCCAGUACUUUCCAAUGCAAUGGAUGUCGGUUCCAGCCUUUCUGAAUCAGGGAAGAUUUUGAGUAAAUAUUUGGAACUAGAUAUUCAAGCUAAGGAGACAGCACAAGAAUUAGAAGCAGCUACAAAACUUAUGACAGAGAAAAAUGAAUUUGAACCUGACGAAGUGGCAUUGCUUUCUUCUAAAGCUAAAUGGCUAGAGGAAGAAUUAAAAAUACUUGGGCGAAGCAUCAGCUCCAGGUCACAAGUCCUGCAAACUUAUGUGGCAUUUCUAAAGUCAUCAGAGGAGCUAGAGGAGCAGUGUCAGAGCCUAAAGGAGUUUUACCAAACUGAAAUCCCACGGAAGGAAGAGGAUGAUGCUGAAUCCAAGUGUCAGUUUGACUCAGCUGAAAAGCAGUGGCAGCUAUUUUUAAACAGGAGCUUUUUAACUCAAGACCUAGGGCUUGAGUUCCUUAAUUUAAUAAAUAUGGCAAAAAAGAAUGAAAUACUAAAUGUGAAAAAUGAAGUGCACUUUAUGGAGAACACUAUGGAAAGCCAGAAGGCAGAAAGAGAAGAACUCAGCCACCUUCGGAUGACAUGGCAACUUAAAGCCACAGCAAGCAAACCUGUGAAACAGCAGUGGGGAGCAUUCAAAGAACAACUUAGAAAGACCACUUACAACUUAAAACUUCUUCAGGAAGCACUUCUGCCUGUGUCUGCACUUGACCUUGGAGGGAGCCUCCAGACCAUUUUAGGUCUACAGAAAAAAUGGAAUGAAAUGAAGCCUCACCUCCAGCAACUGAACGUUGAAGUUCAAUACAUUGUAAAAGAAUCAGAAGAGUUAACUGGCAAAGGAGCCCCUGUGAAAGAGAAGUCUCAACAACUGAAGGAGCUUAUUCACCUCCAUCAAAAACAGAAAGAGAGAAUCCAAGAUUAUGAGGGUAUCCUGUACAAGGUAGUCCAAUUCCAUCAAGUUAAGGAAAAGCUGGGUCAUCUCAUCAAAUCAAGAGAAAUGGAGUUUUUAGAACAGCCAAAGGAGCUGGAGGAUGGCCACGAAGCCCAGGUUCAGCUCAGUCGCUCUCAGGAGAAGCAGGCACAUAUUGAGCAGCUCCAUAAACUGGCCCUUUCCCUGGGAGUGGACAUCAUCUCUUCAGUACAGCGACCUAACUGCUCUAACAUUUCUGCCAAGAACCUGCAGCAGCAGCUGGACGUCCUUGAGGGGGAUGGUGUGAACUUGCGUGCCAAAGCCGAGGAAUAUGAACGGACCCUGAUCCGCUGCUUGGAGUACUGCACCACAAGGGACAAUAUAAAUGAGCUCAAAGAGUCAUUCAGAGAUAUAAAAAAGAAAUUCAACAAUUUGAAGUUUAAUUACACCAAGAAAAAUGAAAAAGCUCGGAAUCUGAAGGCUCUUAAAUAUCAAAUUCAACAAGUUGAUGUGUAUGCUGAAAAAAUACAGGCUUUGAAAAUGAAAAUGGGAAAAGUUGAGAAUAAAACUUCUUAUUCUCUCUUAAAUUAUCCAAAUAAUAAAGUGAAUGUCCUUUUGGAAACCAUGAAAGAUUUGCAAAAACAUGUGGAUGAGUUUGAAAAAGUUGUGACAGAUUACAAGAUGAAUUUGGACUUGACCGAACAUCUCCAGGAAAUGAUAGAAGAGUGUCACUUUUGGUAUGAAGACGCAAGUGCCACAGUUGUAAGAGUUGGAAAAUACUCUACAGAGUGCAAGACAAAGGAAGCUGUGGAAAUUCUCCACCAGCAGUUCACUAAGUAUAUCAUGCCCUCAGUGCCUCAGCAAGAAGAAAGGAUUCAGGAGAUCAGUGACCUAGCCCAGCGCUUAUAUGGUUUUGAAGAAGGGCAGAAAUAUGCUGAGAAAAUAGUGGCAAAACACAAAGAGGUUCUUGAAUCUAUCACUGAAUUAUGCAUCUCUCUCACAGAGCUUGAAGAAAAGCUGAAGCAGGGAGACAUUUUAAAAAUGAAUCUGAAUUUGGAAGAUCUCCAUGAUGACUUCGUUGACCUGCUAAAAGAACCAGCAAGAAAUAAGCAGACACUAUUCAAUGAAGAAAGAAAUAAGGAGAAGGCGCAGGUAGAAGAUAUUUUGACUGUCAAUGGAACAGGAGAGGGUCAGCUCCCACAGCACCUGACGCAGCUGCUCUCUGACAAAGAGGAUGCUGUCCAAGGCCAUCUCCUGCCUCCAGACAUGCUUUCGGGGGAAGAAUAUGAGUGUGUCUCACCUGAUGACAUCUCCUUGCCUCCACUCCCGGAAAGCCCUGAUUCCCCCCUUGCCCCUGCUGACAUGGAAGUGGAGGGGCGGUCUAGCCCUCCCCGCAGCCUUCCCAUGAGCAACUACAGAAUGCAGACAGGGGCCAGCUGUCCAGGGGAGGCCCAGGAAUCUGGCAUCCCACCACCUGCUGCUUUUGCUGAUGCUUACAAUGAUAAGAGAGAAACAUUUUCAAGUCAUUAUCAGAGGCCCUCUCCCCAGUUCAAAGCUGAAGUCCCAUUAACCUCCCAAGGAAUUUUGGAAAAAAGUACUGCCUUCUGCAAAAUCAGUGCUAAACAUCCAGAGAGCAUGCUGAGUGAAGUGCAUGAGAGAGCUUUACAGCAGCACCCUCAGGCUCAGGGAAGUUUGCUAGAAACAUGGGAGAAAGUGCAUGCUGAUAACAAUGUCACUAAAACCCAAGACAGGCUGCAUGCUUCCCAGGAUGCAUUCUCAGGCCUUGGGUUUCGAUCAGGCUGCAGCCAGGCCUAUCAGAGGCAAACGGUCCCCCAAGAGGAGAUUAAAUGUACAUCAGCAAAGAACACCGUGGUCAGCCUUGCUGGCCAGGCACCUAAUUUCUCCAGGCUUCAGUCUAAUGUAACUGUCAUGGAAGGUUCUCCAGUGACUUUGGAAGUUGAAGUGACAGGAUUUCCAGAGCCUACACUGACAUGGUACAAGAAGGGCCAGAAAUUGUCUGCAGAUGGGCACUUACAGGUUUUACACAAGGAGACAAGACAUUCGGUGUUCAUUCCGAAGGCAUGUGAGGCAGACGCAGGCCUCUAUGUGGCUCGGGCCCAAAACUCUAAUGGCAUUCUCUCUUCCAAUGUCAUCCUCCACGUGACAGGUAACCACAGGCCGCCAAUCACAAGAAUAAACUGGAUAACACUGUGUGUCGUCUAUAUUAGUGUGUCCCUAAUGUACUGGGUACUCACACAGUAACUGUGGGGUUAGCACUCCUGGAUGUCAUUCUCAUGAGCCUAAAGAACAAUGCUAUGUUUGUUUAUUUUCCUGUAUCUCCCACAGAACAUCCUCCAUGAAGUGUACCCCCAUUCUGGUCCUGUUGUUUGUUCAGCUAAUCCCUCUGCUCAGUGAAAUAAUCACAUUUUCUUUAGUGUUUUAGUACAUUUGAAGACGUUGGUAAAUUAUUAGCAGUGGAUAAGCAUACAUUUUUGUAUUCUAGAGAGAUGUGUUCAAGACAAAAGCACAGUAAAAUACACGGUUUAUUCCCUCCCAGUUUAAGAGCAUGUAUAUUAAGGUUCACUUCAGUAGAAAGAUGUGAGUUAAAUUUCAAAUUCAAUUGUUUGAUAAUUUUUUCAGUUUAUUUAUUUUUAAAGAGAGAGAGAGGGAGAGCAGGGAGGGGCAGAGAGAGAGGUGGAGAAAGAGAGAGAAUCCCAAGCAGGCUCCAUACUGUCAGUGCAGAGCUGGACACAGGGCUUGAACUCACAAACCAUGACAUGAUGACCUGAACCGAAACCAAGAGUCAGACACUUAACUGACUGAGCCACCAAGACACCCCCAAUAACUUGUUUUUAAUUGUGGUCAUAAACAUCUCUUUGUAGAAUAACAGUAGAAAUAUUGAAGUUGUAGUUUUCAUUAUUGCAUAAGCUGUCCUUUCAUCUUGUUUUAUGUCUUUAUCUCAUUUAUUGAAAUACAUUCUAUAUAUUUUCAACCUAGCCUUCCUUCCUAAGUCUGGGGAGGCCAUCAUAAAUAAUCAUUCCUCAUGCUGAUCUCAUGGGUUUCACAGUGGAGAAUAAUAGAUGUGCUGUUAACUUCAAAUGAAGUUUCAAACUUCCAUCAGCUGUACAUGUCAUAGAGCAAAAUGGAGCACAGGCUGCAGAUGGACCAACAUAAUUCCUGUCAUGCCACUGUCACCUUUUGGGUAGCCAUGUAUAUACACCAGCAACCUGCUCUUCCUGCUUCUAAUCUUGAUUCUUCAACUGAGUAUUUUUGCAGCCUGUGGUAUAGACAUCUCAAUGCCUCAGUUUCCCAUUUGGAAAAUGGGUUCAUCAUCUACCUCUUGGGCAAUUGAGCAUUUUUGUUUCAUGUCUUGUAAACAUUUGGAAAUGCAAAGCAUUCUAUGAAGGCUAAACGUAAUUAUAUUGGUUGAUGUAAUUUAUCAUCACACUGCCUCCUGCCCACUCUUCUCUUUCAGAUGCUAUUUCUUUAGGAUAUUAAAGGAAUAAUAUUAGUCUGUGAUUUCCAAGCUUUCCCGUGUGGGAUGUUGAUGCUUUAUGAAUUGGAAGUCAAAUUCCUUUCUAAUUUUGUAAGACUGUAUCUUAUUCAAAGACUUGAAAUUAACCAUAGUAGGAUGCAUUUAGUAUGAUAAAAGGGAAAAAGAAGAGUGUAAUAAGACAACAUAAGGGGAAUUCUAUCCUUCUAAUUAUCACUGUAAUACUGAAGAAUGCUCUAUACAUUUCUGAAAUAUAUCAUUCAGAAAAGAGGGUCUUUUUCUGGUUCCUUUUAAAAAUAAACAUGAAUGAGAGAGGCAUUUGUUUUUAAAUUUUAAACAUAGUCUUGUCAUGGUAGGCUAAAAUCAUUGGUUGAAAGAAUAAUUUAUUACAUAUUUUAAUGAAGAGAAGGAAUUAAUUAUGUUGCUGCAAGACUGUCUACAAUAAUAUUUAAAUGUAAUACAUUCAAGUUAAUAUUAAAAAGUUACCAAAGGUUAUCUGAAGACAUGAAAUGUGUGGUUGUGUAAAGUUGACAUAUUUUCCUAUGCAUUCAAUUUAAUUAAAAAAUUAAAUCACUUAAUUUUCUUCCAAA